CAAGCUUACAUGGCGGCCAUGGCGCUCGCCUCGUGUCCUUCGUCGCCAAUCGGGAUGACACGUUUCCUCCUCUGCUUCGCUCUGACCUUUUCGUCGUGGUUGAUUCUCUCCGAGUCAGCUGCCCUUUGCUCCACCGCCGCCGCAGGGAUCGGUUCCUCCCCCACUUCACUCAGCUGGCGUAUUCUAGCUCAGAGUAGCAGUAGUAACAGUAACGGAUUCAUGGACGGCGGUAAAGGUUCGGAACUCAGGGAAGCGUUCAAGGUGUUCGACGCCGGGUUCUUCAGUGAGGCCAAGGUGCUGAAAGUUGCUGAAGAAGCGGUGGAGUUUAACCUGCCGAUUGCAGAAUCUAACAGGAAGUCGGUUGCUUUGGAGAACGGCGGGCUGCAGAAUCCGUCUUGUUUGGUCUUUAACUCGGAGUGGGGCAGCAGCCAUGGUGGUGGAGCUGUUGGGAAGAAUGCCGUUGUCAAGAGAUUUAAGUACCCUUCCCUCUCCGGCGUCAAGAGGCCUGAAAAUGACGAGGAUGUUGCCUUUAUGGAGAUACUUGAACUAGGGGAGCUUCUUCGGACCAAGCAAGUUACAUCUCAUGAACUAACCACAAUUUUCCUGCAUCGAUUGAAGAGGUAUAAUGGAGCUCUUGAAUCUGUGAUCACAAUUACAGAAGACUUGGCUUAUGAGCAAGCCAAAAAAGCUGAUGAAUUGCUUGCCAAAGGAGAUUAUCUGGGACCUCUCCAUGGAAUACCUUACGGGUUGAAAGACAUUAUAGCAGUACCUGGAUACAAAACAACAUGGGGGUCAACAAGUUUCAAGAACCAAAUCCUUGACAUGGAAGCCACAGUCUACCAAAGGUUGAGGGCUGCAGGGGCAGUUCUAGUUGCUAAGCUCGUUUCAGGAUCCCUUGCCUACGAUGACAUCUGGUUUGGAGGUCGGACGAGAAAUCCUUGGAACAUUGAAGAGUUCUCCACUGGUUCAUCUGCCGGACCUGCUUCCAGCACCUCAGCUGGAAUGGUUCCCUUUGCAAUUGGUUCUGAAACAGCCGGAUCGAUCACGUAUCCUGCUGCCCGUUGUGGGGAUAAGCUUGGCCCUUUCUGCAGAAGCGCCCGUGAUUGUUCCAUUGUUCUUGAUGCCAUUCGUGGGAAAGAUUCUAACGAUAUCUCAUCCAGAGAUGUUCCUCUUCACGACCCGUUUUCAGUAGAUAUUACGAAACUCACUGUCGGGUAUCUGGAUGACGCAGAAAUGGAGGUUGUGGAUGUGCUCAAGUCAAAGGGCGUGAAAAUGGUUCCUUACAAACUUAACUACACAGUGGAUUCCGUCCAAGGGAUCCUAAACUUCACGAUGGACGUCGACAUGCUGGCCCACUUCGACAAGUGGCAGCGAGAUGGGCUAGACGACACUUAUGAAGCUCAGGAUCAAUGGCCCACUGAGCUCCGACGUGCUCGGGUAAUCCCAGCUGUGGAUUACCUCCAGGCUCAAAGAGCCAGAGGGAAGCUGAUCAGGGAAGUGAAAGAAGGCUUCACAGUAGAUGCAUUCAUCGGAAAUGUCACGGAUUGGGAGAAAGUAUGUUUGGGUAAUCUAGUUGGAUUGCCGGUCAUGGUUGUUCCUACUGGGUUCAAGAACAUCACCGAUCCGCCUCCAGCAGGUACCAGGAGAAGAAGCACCAUCACCACAGGGAUCUACGCUCCACCCGAUGGCGACCACAUUGCACUGGCGCUGGCAAUGGUGUACCAGUCGGUGACGGAUCACCAUAAGCAGCGACCGCCGAUUGAUAACCUCGGCCCUGAUGAUAUAAUUCCGGACCCAGCCAAGCAUAUCAUUCCUCCCAGGAUUCUGCGUCUAUGA